AAAUGGCAGCCCGGCCUCUCCGGGUGUUUGCUUUGGCGGCAGCGGUGAGCUGGGGAUGCGCCGUGGAGGGGUUACUGUUCCUUCUGCACCGCAGUGUGGCCAAGAAGUUGUGCCGUUUUUGCUGGAAGGCGCCAAACAGAAUUACUUUUAAAAUAUCGAGGCUAAAUUUGGAUCUUCCAUGGUUCAUGGCAGCUGACGUAGCCCAGCAGUUCCAGUAUGCUGUGCGAGUUAUUGGCAGCAACUUCGCCCCAACUGUUGAAAGAGACGAAUUUCUUGUAGCUGAAAAAAUCAAGAAAGAACCCUCAUAUUGUCCAUAUUUUACAAAUGUCAGAGAGAUUAAAGGCAUUGACCAAAUUCGUAGAGCUGAAGUGUCAUUUGUUGUCGUACGGCAAAGACGAGAAGCGGACGCCGCCUUGUUUUCGGAACUGCACAGAAAGCUGCGCUCACAGGGAGUUUUGAAAAAUAAAUGGUCAAUUCUCUACCUCUUGCUAAGCCUUAGUGAAGAUCCACGCAAGCAGCCGAACAAGGUUUCUAGCUACGCUGCGUUACUCGCUCACGCGCUACCAAGAGACGCGCACUCGGCUCCCUACUACUGUGCCAGGCCCCAGACUCUCUCGCUGAGCUACCAGGACCGCAGCUCCCAGUCAGCCUCGGGCGCUGCCAGCGUGGGAAGCAGUGGCGUCAGCAGCCUAAGCGUGUACGCCGUCAAUGGCCUGGCCCCGACACCACAGUCUCUCCUUCCAGGACAGCCUCAUCACGCUCCGGGAGUGGGAGACUGUCUUCGGCAGCAAUUGGGGUCACGUCUUGCAUGGACUUUAACUGCAAACCAGCCUUCUUCACAAACCACUACCUCAAAAGGUCUCCCAAACACUGUUUCUCGCAACAUGACAAGACCGAGGAGGGAAGGGGAUGCAGGUGGUGCUGGGGAAGUGACCGAAGCAGCCCUUGUCAGAGACAUUUUGUACGUCUUCCAGGGCAUAGACGGCAAGAACAUCAAGAUGAGCAACGCGGAGAACUGUUACAAAGUGGAGGCCAAGGCAAACCUAAGUAAAUCUUUGAGGGAUACGACACUCAGACUUGCAGAGUUGGGAUGGUUACAUAAUAAAAUCAGAAAAUACACUGACCAGAGGAGUCUAGACCGUUCAUUUGGACUUGUGGGUCAGAGUUUUUGUGCUGCCUUGCAUCAGGAGCUGAAAGAAUACUACCGGUUGCUCUCUGUUUUACAUUCCCAGCUACAGUUAGAGGAUGAUCAGGGUGUGAAUUUGGGCCUUGAGAGUAGCUUGACACUCCGGCGCCUGCUGGUUUGGACGUACGACCCCAAGAUAAGACUGAAGACUCUUGCAGCCCUGGUGGACCACUGCCAAGGAAGGAAAGGGGGUGAGCUGGCAUCCGCUGUGCAUGCGUACACGAAGACGGGGGACCCGUACGUGAGGUCGCUGGUGCAGCACAUUCUCAGCUUGGUGUCCCAUCCUGUGCUGAGCUUCCUUUACCGCUGGAUCUACGACGGGGAGCUCGAGGACACUUACCAUGAAUUUUUUGUAGCCUCCGACCCGGCAGUGAAGACAGACCGUCUGUGGCAGGACAAAUACACCUUGCGGAAAUCCAUGAUCCCCUCCUUCAUCACAAUGGACCAGUCCAGAAAGGUCCUUUUGAUAGGAAAAUCAAUAAAUUUCUUGCACCAGGUUUGUCACGACCAGACGCCCACUACAAAGAUGAUAGCAGUGACCAAGUCUGCAGACUCGCCCCAGGACGCUGCAGAUUUGUUCACAGACUUGGAGACUGCAUUUCGGGGGAAAAUUGACGCGGCUUACUUUGAGACCAGCAAGUACCUGCUGGACGUGCUGAACAAGAAGUACAGCUUGCUGGACCACAUGCAGGCCGUCAGGCGGUACCUGCUGCUCGGCCAGGGCGACUUCAUUCGGCAUCUGAUGGAUUUGCUCAAACCAGAACUUGUCCGUCCAGCUACGACUUUGUAUCAGCACAACCUGACUGGAAUCCUUGAAACUGCUGUCAGAGCCACCAACGCCCAGUUUGACAGCCCCGAGAUCCUCAAGAGGCUGGACGUGAGGCUACUGGAGGUCUCUCCAGGUGACACCGGGUGGGACGUGUUCAGCCUGGACUACCACGUCGAUGGGCCGAUCGCAACGGUGUUUACUCGAGAGUGUAUGAGCCACUACCUGAGAGUAUUUAACUUCCUUUGGAGGGCUAAGCGGAUGGAAUACAUCCUUACCGACAUUCGAAAGGGACAUAUGUGCAAUGCGAAGCUCCUGAGGAAUAUGCCAGAGUUCUCUGGGGUGCUGCACCAGUGUCACGUUCUGGCCUCUGAGAUGGUCCACUUCAUUCACCAGAUGCAGUAUUACAUUACGUUUGAGGUGCUUGAAUGCUCUUGGGAUGAACUUUGGAACAAGGUGCAGCAGGCCCAAGACUUGGACCACAUCAUUGCGGCCCACGAGGUCUUCCUGGACACCAUCAUCUCCCGCUGUCUGCUGGACACCGACUCCAGAGCACUUUUAAAUCAACUCAGAGCCGUGUUUGAUCAAAUCAUUGAGCUUCAGAACACUCAAGACGCAAUAUACAGAGCCGCCCUGGAAGAGCUACAGAGACGACUACAGUUCGAAGAGAAGAAGAAACAGCACGAAGUUGAGGGCCGGUGGGGAGUGACAGCGGCAGAGGAGGAGGACGAGAACAAGAGGAUUCAAGAAUUCCGAGAAUCGAUACCGAAAAUGUGCUCGCAGCUGCGGAUUUUGACACACUUCUACCAGGCAUCUGGUUUCCUUCCCGGGGUCCUCGUACUUUCGACGGCUGUCUCAGCAUAAUGUGGACAUGGGAGGACUUUGUCCCUUUCGCAGGUGGUCUUCCUCUGAUAUGAGCUACCCAGCACGUUUGUUAAAAAUGCUUCCUAAAUGGUGGCAAAGAUGGAAUUAUGUUCAGUGCAAAGAUAUCCUCACCAGACAGGUGUUUCGAUAAUGAGAUAGCUGCUAGACCCCGUGUUGUAAACCCUGUAUGGGUACAUUUCUUAAAAAUGAGUCGUGACGGUUAGUUUCAUACUCUUGGUGAAGUUAGUAGCGUACCGGCAGCGGAGUAAAAAAGUGUGUGCUCGUGCUCAUUUCUGAAAGAGACAGGGAUGGUUGCACAUUUUCCUGAGAGACUUAAUACAUUUGUUUUAAAGAUUUUAUUUAUUUAUUUGAGAGAGAGAGAGACAGGGAGAGAUCACGAGCAGGGGAGUGGCAGAGGGAGAAGCAGGCUCCCCGCAGAGCAGGGAGCCGGACGUGGGGCUCGAUCCCAGGACCCCGGGAUGAUGAGCUGAGCCGGAGGCGGAUGCUCAACCGACUGAGCCACCAGGCGCCCUGAGACUUAGUGCAUUUUUGAAAAGUAAUCUUAAUCUGUAUAAUCCCAGUUUUUCUCAGAUCACAGUCUUCAUCUUCUUUCUAAAUCAUGGCCACUGGGAUUUCUUUUCCUUGACAGAAAAAGUCCUUUUCUGUUCUUUUUGAACUACUGGUGCCUGGAGCAGCCGGGGGCUUAGCGGCUGCCGUCCCGAACUGCUCACGAGCGGUCUCUCUGGGAGCCGCAGCCUGAGGACAGAAGUGUUGCCCGCAGUUCUGCGUAGUGAGCGCGCCCAGCGCCACCUGACAAGAAACCACUGCCUGUACGCUUCGCGGUAGAGUUCCUUAGCGACCGUCUCGUAAGCCCUUGGGCUCCCUGAAGGACAAAGGGGUGUCCACAGCACCCCGGUCUGUGCUUGGUCAGGUGUCAGUUCCCUUGUGUAACACACCUGAGUCUCCGGGAGCUCGGAGAGGGACCGAGAUGCUUUUCGGCUUUGGAAGGACUGAUGGGAUGUGGUGUUCCCGUGGCGGCUUCUCUGCAGAUGGGACCUUUUCCAGGUCUGCAAGUGUGGAGACGAACAUCGCCUACUUUGGGCAGCCACACACCUGCUGCCUGUGACUCAGGAACCCGGCAGGGAUGGGGUGUGUGCUCAGAAGUGACUCCGCCCUGCAGAGAAGCAGCCAGUGCUUGUCGUAUGAAAGUUGGAACAGACUGCUGUCAUGUCCCCUCGUUCCACAAAGCCCCCUGAGAAGGAGGUGGCGUGGCCGCACUCUGCCUGGUCUUCAGCAAGGCGACUCAGCCCACGUCCGCAAGGACCCGGGGGCCCUGCGGUCAUGGUCUAGAGGCGGGUGGUUUCUCACGUGCUCCUUUGUGUUCCUGGGAGGGCUCUGUGGUUCAGUACUCCUAACUCAAGUGAGAGAUGGAACGUGGAACACUGGGUUUUAUAUUUAAAAGAAAAAGAAUUGGCUUUUUUUUUUAACAUCAGAAGCUUCGCUGUUUUGCUUAUUCUUGUAGAACUUAGGGCAAAAAGGAAGUUCUUUUAAGUAAACUGUAUUGAUUGUGCAUUCGUGUUUGUGGACACGGGUAUCUCUUCCUAACGCGGCUGCCACUGGCUCGCCGACCUCGGGUCCUGGAGCAGCCGUCCUCCCUUUGGGACGCGCCGUGGUGGCCGUUCGUGGAGCCCGUUGGUCCUGAAGGAGAAACCGCCCAGAUGAGGCCGCAGUGGCGAGGCCGUGGUACGUUUUGUGGAAGGCUCCCUUCUGA